GAUUGUGCAAGGGUUAAUUUGGAGGCUGUUUCCUUUACCAUCUAUGUCACAAGAACCACAGCUUCCUUCUUGCAACAAGUGACAUUCCUCCCCCUUCUUAUAUGCAAGAGUUUAUAUGACAACUCUAUGCUUUGCUUCAAAUAAAAUGUCCCUUAUCUGCUAAAGGAUAUUCCAAUGAUUUACUUCACUAUUAACUAUUCCCGAAGCAUUUUAUGAUUUUCUGAAGAGAUUCACAUUGAACAGGUUUGUAUGAACAAGAAUUCCUUCUCUGAUUUAUCUGUUUCUGGAUUCUCACAUUUACACUAAGCUGUCUUUAUCUCAAAGUGUACAGCUUUUGAACUACAGUUUGCAGGGUUUUUUUUUUCAUCACCACUACAUGGAGCUUUCACAUCUUAUUCAGUGUUCCCAAGUGGAAAAUGUACGAAUGUACUGCCCUCCACAACCUCCAGUCACUGGGACUUUGUGUGUGACCAGCCAUCACCUGCUACUCUCUGCCCAUCCUCUGGAGGGCGCAAGACUGGAGAAAUGUGAACUCUGGCUUCUGCACUGUGCUGUGGAUUCUGUAGAGAAAAGUGUGCACAACAUAGCAGUGCUAAAGAACAAGGAGAAUGGCCAAGAAGGGGAAAGCAGCACCAGUUCAGGAAUUGUCACUCUUAGGUGUAAAGACUUGAGGGUCAUCCAGCUAGAGAUACCUGGCAUGGAGGAGACACUUAAUGUUGCCCGCUCUGUGAAGGCUCUCUCCUCCUUGGAUUCUGUUACCCUUACCUACCCAUUUUUCUUUAGACCUGCUGGAUGCAAGUUGGGUAAAGGAUGGCCAAGGGACACCAUGGAAACAUUUUACCAAAAGCUAAAGGCUGAGACAGACGCUUGGAGAUUGAGUCAUGUAAAUGCCGGUUUUAGACUUUGUUCUAGUUACCCAGAAAAGGUUAUUGUACCCGUAUCCUGUUCUGAUGAUUCUCUGAGGAAGGCUGCAACUUUCAGGCAGGGACACAGGUUUCCCAUAUUUAGUUACCACCACCGGCGCAAUAAAGUGGUUAUGUUACGCUCUGCUCAGCCACUGGUUGGUCCAACACAUCGUAAGUGUGAAGAAGAUGAGAUGCUGCUGAAUGUUACCCUAGAAGGGCAGUUAUGUGGGUUUAUCAUUGACAUUCGCAGUGAGCAUGAUGCCAGACAAGCAAGAAGCAUGGGAGGUGGAACUGAGAACAAGGAUCGGUACCCUGACUGGAAGGUGCUCUACCACCCAUUGGAAAGGGGACGUGCUUUGCAGACUAGCCUGACGCGGCUCAUUGCUGCUUGUUAUGAACCUUGUUUGGGAAUAAACCGCUGGCUUACUAGGUUACUGACUUCCCGCUGGAUGACCCACGUCAAAGAAGCUCUGAGCACUGCAGGUCUGGCUGCUGAAUGUUUAGAGAGAGUGGGUACCUGUGUACUUGUUCAUGGUGAUGAAGGUACUGACAAUACCCUGCUGGUGACUUCCCUUGCUCAACUGAUUCUGUCCCAUAACUGUCGAACCUUGGCUGGUUUCCAGGACCUUAUUGAACGUGAAUGGUUACAGGCAGGACACCCAUUCCAAUUGCGUUGUGCCCGAUCUGGGUGGUCACAGGAGCGGGCUCAGCAGGAGUCGCCCACUUUUCUGCUUUUCCUGGACUGCUGCUGGCAACUUACUCGCCAAUUUCCUAGGGCAAUGGAAUUUAAUGAGACAUUUUUGUGCAUGCUGGCAACCCAUGCAUACAGUUCAGAGUAUGGCACUUUCUUGUGCAAUAAUGAAAAAGAAAGGUCUCUUUGUAAAGUUCGAGAACAGACUCAUUCUCUUUGGGGAUAUCUCAAUAACUUUGCAGUGAGGAAAAACUUUUUGAAUCCUGUCUACAAAGAAAAUCAACUGGUCAUCUGGCCAUCGGUCGCACCACAAAGCUUACAGCUGUGGGAAGGUUUCUUCCUUCGCCAUUUAAUGCCGACAGAACACAAAGAAAUGGCGUGGCAAAGAAUUCAAGAGCUCUUAGGUGAAGAACACAAAUAGGUCAUUUUCUCAGACCUAAGUCGUCACCUUUCCUUAAAGUUCGAAAUUGACACUGUGAUGCUGCUUACAUUUCUAGGAAAAAACAAACAAAAAAAAAGCAGUACAAAUGUACAAAAGAUUGUGUUUACCGUUAAACCCUAUUUUUUUUCUCCACGCCAAUAUAGAUAUGGUCACAAGAGUGAAAUUUCUCUACAAAAUGUAAUUGUAUUUAAUAUUUAUAUAUAUAUUUUUUUUUAAAACUUUGAACCGCGGUCAAUUAUGGAUGAAAACUGCUGUCUUUAUAGGAAAAGAACACCAAAAUGUAAUUAAAAACUCAAAAACAAAAAUGCAAUACAGUAUAUGAAUGCAGCUACUUACCAGUCUUCAGAUGUAGUAGCUGCAUUCAUUUUGUUUUUCAGGUAUUUUUUUUCUCAUGUUAACCUGCUAAAAACACACGUUCUGUCCUAGUGUGACAACAUUUGUAUUUUCCAUUUGGGUGUUGAUUUACUUUAAAGGGAGCAUAAGCUCUGUUAGAAAAAGCAUGUGUACUGUUAGUUGGAGGUAAAAGAUUAGUCUGUGCUGUGCUUUGGGCCCAGUAAACAAUAAAGCCUUCUUGUCAAUGUUAAAUGGCUUUCAGGGUCCAUGCCAAAAGAGCAGCACUAAGAUCAUAUUUUUGUUUUACCUGCGAGUUACCUAUGGGUUUUUGCAUGUCAACUACCUCAUUUAUUUGUUACCCAAACAUUUCAUAUUCCUGAUCUGUGCCUUCUGUACCAUGUACUUGAAUAUAAAAAUAUCCUGUUUGAUUUGCAUUCAA